AUGUCCCAAACCUCCAGGUUGAUCUCAGGCCCCUGCUUCGCCAGUCAUGUUCUGCGCAUCAUCUUUAUAUCCGCUUUUUCUUUCUUCGUUUGGACAUGGCCUGUUUUUUCGAAUCCACUACCCUGCAAAGACUAUUUUGAUGGGAAAGCUGUUUAUCUACUCGAUAGAGAUAACCACCUGGUUCCACAUUUUGUUGACACUGGAUGUCAUCUUUCCCGGAGACAGAAUUCCCGCUGGAACGAAGAGUCCGACUUAUCUAAUACGGGUAAUCGUUACAGCGUUCACCAUCGAACCGGGAAGGCACUUAUACCAGACAUCUCCCAGAUCAGUAGCGAGAAAGGGGAUAAACUACUUUUGCUUGAGAGGACUGGCCACUCAACCUCAGGGAUAACCAAAGAUGUGGGUUGGGAUGAAGAUGAAGCAAUCCUUGGGAUCAUGAAUGGGAAUUGGAGAGAAGAAGUCAAUGCCUUCCAUAGAGAAAAUCUUGGGAAAGCUUGGGAAAGGGCACGUGAAUCGAUACGCCAGGCUGAAAUGUUGCAAUCAGCUAGCGAAACACUAGCGCCUUCCGUUUCAUCCCCUCCGCGCCCGUACAGUAACUACACUGGGCAGCUUAAUCACAGUUAUUCCGCCGUUCCUAGUCCAAGUGUGGUCGUGGAGAAAUCCCCUGCGAUAAUUACUCAGGGUGUUGAUUCAAAACUACAGGAUGACACUAUGGAACCCUACGCAGAAAGCGAUGAUAAUUUAGAUUUUGUCCCGCUGAUAAUUAUAACAACAUCACCAGAGAUGGGCGAAGAACCUGAACAGUUUUCGAACUUUGAGGAGCUCCCUGAUUUUGAAGAGUUCUCCGAUUUCGAAGAAUUAUUUGAGUCCGAAGAAGAAUUAUCCGAGUACAAAGAAGAAUUAUUUGAGGCAGAGGAAUUAUUUAGGUCCGAGGAGCCAUUUGGGCCCGAAGAAUUAUAUGAGUCCGGGGAAUUAUCUAAGGCCGAAGAAUUAUUUGAGCCCGGUGAAUUUUUCGAGUCUAAAGAGCCACUAAUUCUAGAGGAAUCAGGCGAUGAUUUCAGUGUUGAAGCAGUCACUCUCAGUGGGGUUUCCGCUUUGCCCCCAAUCAGUCAUUAUAGACCCUCCAAGAACUUCAACAAAGUUUUGGCGAAGGCAGUUGGCCUAGGCCUAUUGAUGGCUAUACCCUCGCUCAUUAUCAUGUGUGCCUUGUCAAGAAAAGGACAAUAUAUCUGGAUUCGAACAGUUAACAUGAAUGAUCUCGGAUUGCCAACCUCCGACCAUGUUCGUUAUGAAGGCGGAUCUAGAGCUUCAGAAAAUCUGAGUGUAAUGGCAUCUAUAGAGGGUGGUGAGAAUACAGGGGUCGUGUCGGGAGGGGUCUUCUCCGGCACUAAUGGCUCUGGUAUCUUAGAGAGACAAAAUACCGGGCCCAAUACUAUGUCGGGGAGUACAUCCAACCUUGAGAGCCUAGAAAGACCAGACAUUGGAUCCAGGCAUGGUGUUGAAAGCGCGAAUAGAUCAGGUCUUGCUUCUAGACAGGGUUUGGAUGGUGCAGAUUUCUUCUUGGGGUCGAUUGGGCCCGUUCCUGUUAGGAAGCCAGGGAUUUUCCAGCGCUGGUUUGGCUGGGGCGUGGAGCAUAAUGAUAACCUUGAAGAGACUUCAUUGCAUGCUUCUUCUUCUUCUACUAAACAAGGUAGUAAGAUUCGUUCUAGCCGUGCUAUUAGUAAUGAUAGAACACCCGAUCCCAAUCUUGUGAGUGAGGUUUGUGAGAGACUGAUCCGCGAGCGUAUGAGUCGACUGUCAACAAUCCCUAGUGCUGGUGAGAACGAGGGUUCUGGUACUCACGAAGCAAGAGAAUUGACAUCAACAUCGUCUAUCCGAGCUCCUGUAACCGGCGGUGCAUCAGGGACACAGGGUAGUGCAGUGAAACGAAAUCCUCAUGGGAUCCUAAAACCACCUGGAAAUAGUUAUGGACCAGAUGUCUCAGGAGAAUUCCACGUCGCUGAUCAUGGUGAUAGUAGCACCCGUGAAGAGAAUCAAGCGGAAGAAGCAGAUAGCGAGGGAAGCAGCUUGAAAGGAAAAACCUCUCGGCUGGUAAGAUUUGACGGCAGCGCUGAUAAGGUAGACCCACAAGCUAGAGGGACUUUUGGGAGGGCUUCUAUUAGAAGAUAUUUAUAUCCUACAGUUGAAGAUGAAAGAUCUUCUUUAGAAGCGGUAUCAACUUCGGAGAGUAGCACUCUUGAGAUGUCUGACGGCACGGUUAUAAGAAAGGAAAGGAAGGGAGAGAGAAUAGGAGGCAUGUGGGGGAAGGUUUUCAGUGACCCUAUGGUAGCAAGCAGAGAUUCUACGGACCUCGGAGAAAUGGACGUUGAGCUAGAGCAGCAACUAAGGGAAGACGGCGAAUAUGUGGAUUCUAGUAGAGGGACAUCUAUCGGCGACGAUAGUACUCUGGACGGGAACUCCAAUGAUGAGAUUGUGAUCGUCGACGGCCAGCUGCCUAUGGAAGAGGGGCAUAGACCUAGACUAGAAAAUCCUAUUGAUAUACCAAACACGAACACAGGCGCAGAGAGAGGUCUAGUAUUAAAUUCUCUUCCCAGAACACAAACGUCAGAGGACAUAGCUACAGAAGGGAUCGACAAUAACGAAGCUGUUGUCAGUGCCUAUGGGGCGAGAGAACAAUCGCAGAUGUGGGAUAGUCAAACCAGUAGUGGUGGAAGUUUGCUGAGCACUGGCUAUUUCACGGAAACUAAUAGCAGUGAUCAUGUGAGUGUUGAGGACGUUGAGAAUUUUCCUCUUUAA